AUGACACGAAUAUCCAUCCUCCUGACCACCACCACCCUCUUGGCAACAACAACAAUCGCCCAAUCCAACCGCGAACCCCCCUCCACCGGCCUACACUCCCUCUUCCUCUCCGCCGGAAAACUCUACUUUGGCACUGCCACCGAAACCAAUAACUUCGCCGACCCAACCUACCAAAACAUCCUCUCUAACCCCCUCGAAUUCGGCCAGCUCACCCCAGAAAACUCACAAAAAUGGGGUCUCAUCCAGCCCCAACCAGGCGACUUUUCCUUCAACGCCUCUGACCAAGUCGCCUCCCUUGCCAACAGCUACAACCACCUCUUGCGUUGUCACACACUGACCUGGCACUCCCAACUCCCCCCCUUUGUCUCCUCCACAUCAUGGACACCAGACACGUUACGACAGUUGAUCACAACACACAUCACCUCGGUAAUCUCCCACUUUGGCAGUGCCUGCUACGCCUGGGAUGUCGUCAAUGAGGCGCUAAACGAAAACGGAACAUUUCGCAACUCGGUGUUUUUCGAGGUGUUGGGGGAGGAGUAUAUCGCUCAUUCUUUUGAGGUUGCAAGGGAGGUAGCGCCCCCAGAGACAAAGCUCUACUACAACGACUUCAACCUUGAGACCGCACCAGAAAAGCAAACCGCCGCUGUUGAACUGGUCAAGUCGCUUCAGAGUAAAGGUAUUAAAAUUGAUGGUGUGGGACUCCAGGCUCACUUCACAGUUGGCCAGACGCCGAGCGUGGAGAGUUUGAUAGCGACUCUGCAAAGGUUUGCUGAUCUGGGGGUGGAUGUCGCCUGGACGGAGCUGGAUGUGGCGCAAGAGGAUGUGGAAACUGCGAGUGAGCUGGCGGUGGAGCAGCAGGCAAGUGAUUAUGUUGUGGCAGUGAGGGCGUGUCUCGAGGUAGAGAGGUGUGUCGGGGUGACGGUGUGGCAGUUUACGGAUCGGUAUAGCUGGGUGCCGGGGACGUUUCCAGGGAAGGGCGAUGCGUGUCUUUGGACGGAGAAUUAUCAGAAGAAGCCGGCGUAUUGGGCUGUGAAGGGGUUUUUGGAGGGGUGGGUUGCUAGGAUGAAUGUGACUAGGGCGUUUGUGGGUGGAAAUGAGACAACAGUGAGGACUGUCGCAAGCCCUAGAGGGCCUUUGACUGAAGUGACUAGCGGCAGUGAAAGGUUAAAAGGAAGCUUGGUGAAGGUCGCAUUCAUUAGCUUCGGUGUUUGGCUGGUUCUAAACAUGAUGUGA